GGUUUAAUAUUUUAAUGAAGGUUUUUUGUAAUUUGGGUAUUUUCAUACACCAUGCCUCCUGUGAAAUGCUCAGAAGAUGUCUACUCGUUCAAUGAAAGAGAGAGCUUGUUGAAAUUAAGGCAAUAUGAAUUUGAAGCUUAUGCAUCGGCUGUAUCUGCUUUGAGGGCAGAAGGUGAACUAAAUGAUGAGAAACGAGAUGUACUCGCACAUCUGCAGAGAGUGUUUGGGAUUACAAAAGAAAGACAUAAGGCUGAGGUUCGAAGAGCUGUCAAUGAUGAAAAGUUAUCCAGUGUUUCAUAUUCAUUAAACGGAGAGAAAUCCUCGAUUGAAUGGGAAAGAGAAGGACAGCGUAUUACCCCCCUUCCUACACGACCAACACCAAUUACAAUGCACACGGAAAUUGCUGAUUAUGUUGCCAAUAUAACUGCAGAGGAAAACAGGGAUAUCCUUAGAGGAAGUAGACUUGGUAUUGAUAACAAGAAUGAAGUUCCAUCAAACCCACUACCACCUGCACAAGUGGACACAGAUUGGGAAAUUAUUCCAUGCAAGAAACGUAAAUUAAUGAACAAUCUCAACAAGCUUGAUGCUUCAACUUCUACCCUUGAUUUAGAAAAAUCUUCUACUGGUACAGAAACGAGCAGUUCAGAUAAGAAAUCGGAUCAAUAUGUUUAUCUUCCCAGUGGAGGAGUGGUGUGUCUAGAACCAAAGGAUUCAUCGGACCCUGUUCCUUUGGAUGAAGCUUUCAAGAAACUUGUUCCAAACAUUAAAGGGGAAGAGAAUUCAGACCUCGCAAAAUAUUCCAUUAAACAGGUUUACAAAUCAAAUGAAGUUUUGGACAAAUUGCAAAGACGAUUUAUAAACCAAGAAGAAGUGCAACAAAACCAGAUCAUGCUCAAAUCUCAACAAAACAAGAAAAAAACGACUUCCACCCGUACUAAACCCAAGUAUGAACCCCCUGUAGUUACCCACCCAACCCCUAAACCAGUCGAUAACAGCCCCCAGUACAACUGUGAUAUGAAAAGCUUGAAACAUCCACCUUUGUACAUACCACCAAUAUCUGACCAUUCCCACCUAAUGAUACAACACACACCAGUUCCCCCUGAACAUCUCUAUGCUGUGGAUUCAACUAGCAGUGGAAAAUCGAAGCCCUACUCACGACCUACUUCAUCCUGGGUACGAAAACAAAACUUGUCGGCUCCAAAACCAAAAAAAAUAACUUCUCGAAGUCAACCCACUACCUACCAACCAUCGAGUGAAAUAAGGAACACCCAGUUUAUGGGAUAUCCAAAACCACAAUACACCAGUCAUAGCAAGAAGAUUUGGUCGAACCAACUUGAUGAUAAUCGACGAUCUGUGUCUUCUCUCACAUCCCGCAUCGAUCCCGGCAUCCCAACUAAACCUCUUCUUCCUCCAAGUUAUCUUCCAGAGGAGCAAGCUAGUCCCAUCCACAUCAAUGAUGCAUUGUUCUCCAAUGUUGAAACGAAGACUGAACCAUCUGCUCCUCAGUUGAUUCUCAGACCUAAAAUCAGGAUGCCAGGUGUAACAUCUAGCAGUCAACCUAUACUGAACACUCCGGUUUGUGAAACAUCACCAGUAACACCGAAAGGUCCAGAUCAAUCAUUAUUUGAACGACAAUCAUCAGAAAGUUUACAAAUCCCUCAUGUUGCUCAACUUUCAUCAGGAUACAACCCAAGUAUGAUAUCUACAGAUGUAGUCACUGUCACAGCGUCACAAAAACCCAACACCCUCCUGAAGCCACCAACCACUGAAUCCACAACAACAGAGAGGGAAGCUGAGGUUAAACGAGCCAUGGUUUCGAAGCCUGCUCUCGUACAAGGAAUAAACACAAAUAUAAUUAAAGUCUCAGCAAGAAGUGUGACUUCUAACAAAGUCAUCCCUAUUGUUGCGCAAUUAUCUGGCACAAGAAUCAUGAAAACAACAACAACUUCCACUCCUCGAAGUAAACCAAACAUUAUUGUUGUUCAUCGUCCCACCCCUGCUAAGCCCAAAUUCCUUGAAGUUGAUGGUAAAGGUAGCAAACCUGUGGUAAGUACAACAGUGAUAAGUAGCACAGUGGAAAGUACUUCAAGUAGAAUUGGAGCUACCGUUAUGAAAUCUGUUCCAACUAAGUUGGUGAGCGUUCCCACCAGUGUUCGUAAAAUAACUGGCAACACAAUCUCAUCUGAGUUUCCUAAGACUGUGCACAAGGUUAUCAGGAAGCGAAAUUUGCAACAGGUUGUUUUCAAACCUUCUGCUUCCGUAUUAUCUCCCACAUCGGUAUCCACUUCAGUCCCGUCUAGUUUCAGUGUCAUAAAACCAACAUACAAAAGUUCCACAACUGCCAAUCCAAAGGCUAUGGGCGUGCCCAAAACAAUUAAGCCUAUUAUGACAUUUAAAAACUCUGUAACUUCGCUUACACCUUCCAAAGUAGUCCCCAUACAAGAUAUACAGGAAUCUAGUGGCCAAUCACAUAUGACACUAAGCCCUAGUGUGCUUCACCCUAACCCAAAACUCUUAAUGAGAAAACACAGGCAGAGGUUGGUUACUAUCAACUCCUCCAAAGAUAAAGUCACCACUUCAACAACUCUUGAGGAAAUGGAGCAGUAAUGACCUUUUACAAGAAACUGUCAUUUAGUGCUUUUGGUUUGUUUACUUUUGCACUGGACAUUUACAAAUAUAACUGCGUGUUACAGGUUAUCUGUUACCAUUAUCAGUUGCGUUUAUUAUCAUGUUCCAAUGAAUAAAAUGUUGAUACGUUU